CCCGGGGACGGGGUGCAGGAAGAGGGGAUGAGCCUCAGUUUCCCUAGCUGGAAAGGAGGUGAUGAAAGUGUCCUCAAAGAGCACGUGCAGCUUCAUGGCCGUGGUGCCGCUGUCCGAGAACGGCCACGACUUCGGCGGCCGCUGCCUGCUCUUCGCCGACGGGCUGUGGCUCGCCAACCUGUCGGUGCGGGGCCACGAGCGCUUCACCGUGCAGGAGUGGGGCCCGCCCGCCGCCUGCCGCUUCGGCCUCUCCGCCGGGCUCCUCUCGCUGCUGCUGGCCGCCGCGCACGCCUGGCGCUCGCUCUUCGUCCUCUGCAAGGGCCACGAGGGCUCUGUCCUGGGCGCCUUGGUGAAUCUGCUGGUCAGCGCCUUGGUGGUCUUCGUGGUAUUCAUCGCCAGUACCAUCGUGAGCGUGGGCUUUACCAUGUGGUGUGACGCCCUCAUCGACAAGGACACUGUGACCCACAGCUGCAAAGAGUUCCAGGACACGGACUUGGGGCUGAAUGUGGACAACUCGACCUUCUAUGACCAGUUUUCUGUUGCCCAGUUUGGCCUGUGGGCUGCGUGGCUGGCCUGGCUGGCCCUCACCGUGCUGGCGUUCCUGAGGGUGUACCGCAGCCACCGGGAGGAGGACCUGCUGGACAGCCUGGCCCACGAGAAGGAGCUGCUGCUGGGCCGUGCCACCGGGCGGCCAUCCUUCCAGGGCGAGAAGAGCGCCGUGGUCUAGCCGGGGGCAGCCGCGUCUCGG